CAAACCCAAAACAGCAGGACACAUCGUUUCAAUAUUCAUCUGGUUUUCCUCCUCCAGAAACCCACUGGAUCUCACAGCCCACAAGCUUCUCCCUUAGAUAUAAGCCCCCUCCUCUCUACCUCAUGGGCUCUCAGAGGUGUGGUUCUUGUUUGCGCCAUACAUUUUCUAUAUAGCUGCGAAUUUCUAUAUAUUCACAAGGCCAUGGGUGUUCUUUGGGCUGUGUUCCGUUGUCGAUUUCAGUUUCUUCUUCUGUUCCUUCUUUUGUCUUGUAGCUCAGCAACAGAGGUCGUCACCAUUGAUGUUCAUGCAGCUAAGGAUCUCAUCAAUUCAGGCUACCGUUAUCUUGAUGUCAGGACGGUUGAAGAGUUCAACAAAGGCCAUCCUGAUGUCAAGAACAUUCUGAACAUCCCUUACCUCUUCAUCACCCCUGAGGGAAGGGUGAAAAAUCCUGAAUUCUUGGAGCAGGUUCAGUCUGCUUGCAGCAAGGAAGACCAUCUCAUCGUGGGCUGUCAAAGUGGGGUGAGAUCCCUUGCGGCCACCUCUGUUCUUGUCAGUGCUGGUUUCAAGGAUGUGAAGGACAGCGGAGGAGGGUAUCUGGCGUGGGUGCAGAAUGGGCUUGCAGCCACCAAACCAAGAGAAGAGCUGUGAUUGGUUGCUCAUCAAACAUUCUGAUCUGUCUCCUCUUUUAUAUUGUUAGUGUCAACCUCCACCCAUGGUGGAUGACCUUGUUAAGUUAAUAAGACAUUUUGAGCCCCACUGAGAUGGUUAGGCCAUGUUAAUAAGACCUUGUGUUGAAUUUGGAAGUUCAAGUACACUUACGGCGA